GACCCAUCUUGAAAACGAAAGGAAGUUAUACUAUUUUGUACUGAAGAUGAACGUUGAAAAUGAGAAUACGUGUACAUAUAGGCGAGAGAAAGAUAUUUUUAAGGACACUAUAAUACGAUAUUUAGGUUAUGCCAAUGAAGUUGGAGAAGCAUUCCGGUCUCUGAUUCACGUCCGCUUUGUUCAUCUGAGCUAUGUUGUGGCCAGUAGCUACGUUGUGGCAGAUUCAGUACACAAGGGCUAUAAAGCAGCACAGAAUACCCACGUACCAAGAGAAAGAAGAUGGAGGGAGGUGGCAACAGCUUCUGGUGAUACUUUGAUCUGGCAAGGACUGGCAUCGGUUGCAAUUCCGGGAUUUACCAUCAAUCGAAUCUGUGCAUUUUGUAGCCAUGUGCUUAGAAAAACCACACAGUUACCAUCACCAGUUAGGAAGUGGACAACAACAGCAGUAGGACUUUCCUGUAUUCCAUUUAUUAUCAAGCCAAUUGACCGAUCUGUGGACAUUAUCAUGGACAAAACCAUUAGGACAUGGUAUCAAAAAACCUGAAGGAUGAAAGGUUAAUUAAGAUUUUAAUAUGGGUGUUUCAGUUAUGCAAGAUGUUUGGAUACAAAGCUAUUCCAGUUGAUUAUUAUUAUAAAAAGUAAUAAUGGAGUAGUAGAAACCAGAAUGACAUGGAAUAAAUAUAUUGGUUCCAUAAAAAUAAUAAUAGCCAGUGUGAUGUAAACGGUUUUAGCUGUGAUCAUGUAUUGAUCCAUAAUAAAUUCAACUGUGAUAUUGUAGUGCUACUAUAAGAUGUCAAAGACAAAUUAUCUAGUGAAUAUGUUAUCCAGGAAAGGAGUCAUUUCUUCAGUUUUAAACUGGCCUAAUGUUUUAAAUGUUUUAGAUUAUUCUAAAACCAUUUCAUAGUACAUGUAUUUUUAUUCUUCAUCUCAAAUUUGUUUUUCGUAAUUUUUAUUACUAGACGUACUUAAAAUCAUAAUUAAGAAUUUAAUGCCUAAAACUGUAAAGUAAUAGUUAGGAUACAAGUAUUUUAUAUUAAAAUACCAUGUGGUUUUAUAAUGGUUACUGAAAAGGAUACCAACUUUUAUAUGAACAGAGCACAUUUUUGUUAUAUAUCCAAAAUAUGAAAUGGCUUCUAAAUUUCCACGGAGUUCUUAGAACCCGAUUGUUAUUUAUAAUUUGUUAUCUACUGUCUUCCAGCAUUAAUAAAGUUAUCUCACCUGUU